AUGAAAAGUAAAGACUUACAAAAAGUAGUGCUUUCCAAGUACGAAAAUGGUGAUAGUCCAACAAUGAUAUUUCGUCAUUUAAAUGGUGCCAUUGGUCUUAGAACAAUUGAAAGGUGGUGCAAAUUAAUCAGAGAGACUGGCUCAAUUAAUUUAUCAAGUCCAACCGGCUGUCCACGUAUUGCACGUGCCAAAGGAAUGAUUAAAAAAGUGAAAAACCGGUUAAAAUGCAAAAGAAGAGUAUCAUCCCGAAAAUUAGCAAAUGAAUUUGAUAUUUCUGAAAGAUCAGUUAGACGAAUAUUAAAAGAAGAUUUGGGACUUCGACCAUAUAAGAAACGAAUUGAACCAUUACUUACUAAUACUCACAAGGCCAAAAGAAUUAUGUUUGCUAAUUGGAUACGUCAUAAUUUUCGAAAAGAAGAAACAAUGCGAAUUCUUUUCUCUGAUGAAAAAAUGUUUGAUUUAGAUGGUAUGUAUAAUUCACAAAAUGAUAUUAUAUGGGCAGUUAACCGUGCUGAAGCCGAUGAUAAAGGUGGUAUUAAACAAAAACAAAAAUUUCCACAGAAAGUAAUGGUUUGGUUAGGUGUAUGUUUCAAAGGUGUGACACCGUUAGUUAUUUUUGAUGAAGAAACAGUAAAUCAUGAACGUUACAUUGAAAAAGUCUUACCAGUGGCUAAAAAAAUAUGGAAAUAA